AUGGCGACGGGCACGAUCCCCAUCCCGCGCAGCUCGUCCCGGUCGUCGCUCUGCGCCGCCGCCGACGGCUGCGGGGACGCCGCGGCGGGGCCGCCGGCGCCCGGGGCCGCGGGCCGCCCCUCGGCGCUGGCAGCCACGGAUGAGGGCCUGCAGAUGCUGCGGGAGCUGCAGGGGCACAACACCAUGCUGCGGCGCGAACUAAUGGGCGCGGGCUCCGCCAUCGACCGUCUGGUCAACACGGUGCGCGCCCGCGGCGCGCUGCCAGGGGCCUGCGUGCGCGGCCGCGAACACGACCCAACCGACGCGGCGCCGGCGGCCGCAGGGCCCCGCGCGGCGUGCGGGUCCUGCGAGCCCCAAGGAAGCAUUUCCGCCAUGCUGCACUGA